CCCGCUGCAGCCACCUGAAGAAAAAAAGAAAGAGAACCCAGCCAUGCCUUGGAAAAUUGGUAAGGAAGCUUGGUAUUUUCCCCUUCCUUUCUUGUUCUAGAACCCAUAUAGAACCCAGAAAUCUCUCCCCCUCUGCUGGAAAACCCGGAUCUGCUGCUGCUCUGCUCCUCACCGCCGGCUGUUCCUUGCUUGUGAGUGCGAAUUGCCUUGAUUUUCUGUCCGUGAGUUCCCUUGCAGCUUGCCGCCGGCUUCCUCUUCCCCCCUGCAGCUCCGGUUUUAGCUGGAGAAUUCUGGUUCCCGAUCGUUCUGUCAGUUAGUACGUGAAUUGAGUGCUCGGUUUUAUGCAAGUGAGGUAAGUAAAUUUAUGGUAAUGCCCGUACUAUUUUAAAAGCAUGUUUUGAUUUGUUUUUGAAGUGGUGGCGGGACUAAACUCGUUUUACACGAGCAUGACUGAUUUGAAGUGAAAUGUUUUAUGCUUUUCAUUAAAUUGAGCAUGCCUACUUGAAAUUUGAUUGAUUGUCCUGAUGAUCUGAAAGUGAUUGGUAAAGUAUGAUUUUCUGUUAACUUCAGCCUGUUUUGUCUUCGAUAUGGUCAUGUUAUUCGUGUGCCCGCUAGUGGGAGGUUUAUAAACGCUAGCACAUGUCGACAUGUUAUUGAUAGAACCGGUUCGUUUCAGUGACCCUGCUAGUGGGGGUUAUACACCAGCAAAUCUUGUGCCUGCCAGUGGGAGGUUUAUAACACUGGCCGUGACCUAUAGAGGAGACGUCUAUUUCGUUCCCGUAUUGUAUCCGCUUUUCGUGAUUGCACUUGUUGGCAUGCUAUAAGUUUAAUUAAGGGCACUCCAUAUUUACUUACUGAGUUUAUCUCAUAGUUUUUCCUUGUCCACCAUUUCAGGAAGUGAAACCGAGGACGGGGAAACCACGGGAAGUGACGAGUUAAAAAGCUAGCCAUUUCGAGAUUGAUAUAGAUUGUAGAUAGAAAUCAUGAUCUUGUAUUUGGAGUGUACUUGGAGAUUUCAUGAUAU